CGAGCCGAGCCAGAAGUCAGGGACGGACGUGCCCGUUCGCCUUUACUUCGUGUCGCGGCUUUUUCCAAAUGGCAACAACCGCAGAUGACCAGCGGGAACCGGCGGACUUUGCCGCGCCGUCAACGCACCACGGCUGCCAGCACCACAACAGCAAUAACAAUAACAACAACAACAAUAACAACAAAGACAGCGAGGCGGGAGAGAGUCCAACCUCUGCAGCAACGACUGAACCCAGUGGGACGACCGAGCCUGGCGGGACGGCGUCGCAGAGUAUCGGUAACGGCUCGGUCAUCAACCCUAAUGGUGGGAACAACGGGAAGUGGGUCCGGUUGAACGUCGGCGGAACGGUGUUCCUCACGACGCGGCAGACCCUCCUUAAGGAGCAAACUUCGUUCCUUUACCGGCUGUGCCAGCAACAGGACCUGCAUUCAGACACGGAUGAGACUGGAGCCUAUGUAAUUGACAGAGACCCCACCUACUUUGGCCCCAUUCUUAACUACUUACGGCACGGCAAGCUGGUCUACAACAAGGAGCUCGCUGAGGAAGGUGUCCUUGAAGAGGCAGAAUUUUACAACAUCACACCGCUGAUCAAACUCAUAAAGGAGAGGAUCAUUGAAAGGGACUCAAAAGCCACGCAGCAGGUGCCCCCCAAGCACGUCUAUCGAGUGUUGCAGUGCCAGGAGGAGGAACUAACUCAGAUGGUCUCCACCAUGUCGGACGGCUGGAAGUUUGAGCAGGUCAGCGUGCGCGCCUGCAGAAAGCCCCGCACCGGACUGCUCUGGACUAUGGUGAACAUCGGCUCUUCGUACAGCUACGGGACAGAAGACCAGGCUGAAUUCCUGUGUGUUGUGUCCAAGGAGCUUCACACGCCUGGAUCUGGCCUGGGUACAGAACAGAGCCACAAAACCAAGUCGGCAGAGAUGCAGGAGGAGGAAGCAGCGAAGGAGGAGGAGGAGGAGGAGGAGGAGGAGGAGGCAGGGAGAGAAACCACACCAAAUGAGUGGCUUAGAGAAUGAGGGAGUCAUGUUUCUUUGUUCCAAAGAAAGGCGGGAAUGGCUUUUCCAGAUCCAUGGGACCCGGAUGUAGAAAUGGCAAGGCUUUAUGUAUUUUCUAGACUGGUGACAUCCUAUACAUGAUGUACAUUUGUGUAGUGUGUCAGUGCGUUGUUGCUAGUUCGUCAACAAGAUGCCAGUUAGCAUUACCAAGUCACAAGGAAGAAAAAAAAAAAAAUUGUAAAUAUCACAGUCAGUUGCAGCAAUAUUGUCCAAAUAACUGUUCAGUGAAACUCAUUU